CAAAACACACAUACCUAGAGCAAGUACUGAGAGAAGAUCUAAGAUGUCGAGUGAUCAAAUCCUGCAAAUGCUUGAGCUCAAAAACCAAACCUUGUUGCAAGCUCUCAGUUCCUUAACCCUAAUGCCUGUGCUACUUCUUCUCAUAUUCCUCAUUCUCCUAUGGUUCAUCACUAGCCCUACUACGAAAAACUCACCACCUUCUCCACCAAAGCUUCCCAUCAUCGGAAACCUUCACCAGCUAGGCUCCUACCCUUAUCGCUCACUCGAAGCCCUAGCUAAGCGCUUCGGCCCUGAUCUCAUGCUCCUCCGUUUCGGAAGCGUGCCCGUCCUUGUGAUCUCGUCCCCUGAGACAGCCAGCGAGGUCCUAAAGACUAAUGGCCUCGUCUUCUCCAGCCGACCCAAGUUGAUUGUCUUCAAGAAGCUCCUCUACGACCACCGUGACGUCUCGGCCGCGCCAUACGGGGACUACUGGAGGCAGAUGAAGAGUGUUUUCGUUCUGCAUCUUUUGAGCAACAAAAGGGUUCAGUCUUUUCGUGGUGUUAGAGAAGAAGAAACCAAACUGAUGCUCAGGAAGAUAGAGCAACAGUCCAUGUCUUCAUCACCGGAUCAUUCAGUUGCUGGAAAUCUAAGCGAAAUGUUAUCGACUCUGACAAAUGAUGUGAGCUGCAGAGUGGCUCUUGGGAGGAAGUACUGCGUUGGAGAAGAUGGUAAGAUGUUUCAGGAGCUUCUGAAGGAGUUCAUGGAGCUGAUGGGACGUGUGAAUAUCGGGGAUUACAUUCCAUGGCUUGCGUGGUGGAGCAGCGUCAAUGGUUUGAACGCUAAACUAGACAAGGUGGCUAGACGGUUUGAUGAUUUUUUGGACAAAGUUGUUCAAGAGCAUAGAGAUAUUGGCGAAAGUGAUUCAAAGAAGAAUAAUGGUAUUAAUGGAAAAAACGAGGAUAAUAAGGACUUCGUGGACGUCUUACUUUGGCUGCAGAAAGAAAAGGUGGCUGGUUUUGCUCUUGAUAGUCUUAGCAUAAAGGCUCUCAUCUUGGAUGUUUUUACUGCUGGUAACGAUACAUACGCAAUUUUGGAGUGGGCGAUGUCUGAACUUCUAAGACAUCCAAGAGUCAUGAAUAAACUGCAAAACGAAGUAAGGGAAAUAGUAGGAAGCAAAGCAAUGGUGACAGAGGAUGAUUUAGUUGGCAUGAACUAUUUGAAAGCGGUGCUCAAGGAGACUUUUCGCUUAUAUCCUACCAUUCCGGUACUACUUCCCAAGAUAUCGACGGAAGAUGUGAGAAUAAAUGGUUAUGACAUUAAAGCCAACACACAAGCCAUAGUAAAUAUCUGGAAAAUUAGUAGAGAUCCAAAGUCAUUCAACAAUCCAGAGGAGUUCGUGCCAGAAAGGUUUAUAAAUAGCUCCAUCGACUUGAAGGGAAAUGACUUCGAAUUGAUUCCAUUUGGGUCGGGUAGGAGGAUUUGUCCGGCAAUUCAAUAUGUAUCGGCUAUUCAUGAAAUUGCUUUAGCAAACCUUGUGCACAAGUUCAAUUGGGCAUUGCCUGAAGGAGCAAGAGGUGAGGAUUUAGACAUGACAGAAACAACUGGCUUAAACAUGCGCAGAGAAAAUCCUCUAAGAGCUAUAGCCAUCCCAUAUUAUUCACGAGCAAAGUACCUGAAAGAUGGUUGCAGCUAGAUAAUUUGAUAUGUAUGGCCUUCUUUGAAUCAUUGUAUUUCUUCAUUUCUGUAUGUUGCUUUUACAUUUCAUUUCCUUGUAGUUAUCGGUGUGACCACCAUGCAACAGCGGAAGAGUCUAUAACAACAAACAAUAAUAUAUUUUGGUUUA